CGAACGUUCAAGCAUCUACUUCUAUUAAGGGUUGGAAGUCGACCUUAAUCGAAGUCGACCUUAAUCGAAUAGGUACUUAGAUGACUUCUGGUCAUAGAAGAUUUAUGCUUCUCUUCAGGUAUAGAAUGGACGGAGCAUAAAUCUAUGAACAAGUUUUGAAGCAGGAAACUCGCAUAUACUUGAAUAGAUGUGGGCCUUUUUAGAAUGGUCAACUUGCACCAGCUGCUAAUUCUACAUCAAGUGGAGGAGGCUACAUCAACUGGUCUGGAUCAACAACGACGUCUUCAUCCUCGUCAAAAACUGUUGUGCGAGCAGACGUGGCGACUCCCGUGUGGAGCUUUUAUCCCGAAGUUAAGAUCACGUUGGCUGAUUAUAAUAGUUCAUGUGAUCAUAGUGAUUGGGUCCCAGCCUGCUGUUGUUCUUCUUGAGAUUGAGAAGUAGCAUGAUGUUCUUGGGAGGAUAUUCAUUUGGUGUCAUCACAUGACAUCUUAGUGCUUGGUCUUAUUCAAGAGAAGAUUCUGUCUUAGUCUUCUGAUUGAUCGCCGUCUAGUUUUCAAAUGCGUGCAUGACUAGCAGUAGGAGUCUCCUUAGAAUCGUCCACUUCUAACGAAUGCGGACGCCUGGGGAAUGCUCCAUACGAUCAUGAAAUUGAGGCAAUACGAGCACGCUUCAGCGAUAAACACUGGUCUUUGUUGCAGAAAAAGUGGCACUGGGCCGCAAGAUGGGCAUCUCGUACAUCUUCAUCUUCAGUGGAUACUGAUGAUGAAAGUACAACAAAUACAACAUCAUCAAAGUCUGAAGACGCAGGACCAGGUGAAAAACAUGCAAGACUUGGAGGAGCAAACUUCUUAGAAGAAGGUGAAAAGGUGGGAGAAUUGGAUUUGGACUCCUCGUUUCUUGAGGAAGACCUUUUUUUACGGCAUAGCAACAUCUGACAAGGAGUUAGAAAGUGAAUAUUUAAGUAUCCAUCGUUCAAUCAUAUCUGGCUGAACCCACAUGUUGUUCGAUUCGAGUGAAUAUUUUUUCUAUCGCUAUAAUUUGGUGAGCGUACAACUAUUUGUAUUUUCGUGAAAUAGAGAAAAUAAAACUAGACUGAUGAACUAGUAGUAGUUGAUAUUCUGAAAAGUCUCUCUAAUCUGAGAGCCAAAGGGGAACAUAUUUGAGCAAAUUAGUGGUUCCGCCCAUCCGCAUUCGGCUUUUGCGCAGAUUUUUGGAGGUACUAUUGGGUAUUGUGGCAGAAGUUACAGUAUUGUUCCUAUUUUUCGAGGUAUUGUAGAAUAGUUUUCGCAUCCUGAUAGUCGUUAUAUUGUUGAAGUCCACCUGCUUUCAUUUAAGAAUUCAUAACCGCAUCCACCUGAUAGUAUGUUUGGGGAAUUCAUAACCGCACCCAGAUCCAGCUGAUAGUGAGUAAGUAGAACUUGUUCGAGGUACUAUUGUAGAAGUUGUAUUCGCAUCCACCUGAUACUAGUAGAAGUACGCAUGUACUAGCAGAAGUGCAGGAGCAGCACCACAGGGAGGACAAGCAUUUAGUAGGUAAAAUUUUUUAACGGAGUGCUUCAUCGUAUGAUACGACAAGAAGUCAAGGGUAUUUCAUAUUUUUGUAAUGCUAGUACUAGUAGAAGUAGAGUGUUAGUAGUUCAGCAGGAGCAGCACCACAGGGAGGAUCCAAUCUACUACUAGGUGCCCAGAAGAACGCUGAAGCAGCAGGAGCAGCACCACAGGGAGGACCUGAAUCCUCAUCGCAGGAUGCUGCAGCUUCGUUUGCCGAGACACAGUUAUGAAUAAGAGACCGAAGUGACGACCGGAGUCUCUAGCUUCUAGACAACAAGAGACAGAAGGGACUAGAGUUUCUAGCUUCUUCUACACACUGUAGCACUUAUCCGUGAGAACGAAGCAAAGGGGCCCUAUCCUAUCAUAUCAUAUCCUAUCCUAGAGGACAAAUAUUCUGCGCCUACCAAGAAUUCGCAACAGCAUUUUCUAAACUCACUUAGCCUUUACUUGUUUUUCUUGUUUAAUUCGACUUCUUCUCCUUUAAUUACUUCUCCUCCUUCAAAUUUUCUUCCUUUCUCUCUGUCCUUCUAGUUCUGUAAAGAGGACGCAGUCCCUCAAUGUUAACCCCGCACUUAAGUCUAGUUCCUCCUCCUUUUCUCUCCUAGAGUAGAGAAGUACUCGUCCAUGUCCUUGCUCUCUUUCUAGUUCAACUUUCUAAUUCAACUUUCUAGUUCAACUUUCUAGUUCAACUUUCUAGUUCAACUUUCUAGUUCAACUUUCUAGUUUUUUCGCGCUGUACAGUUACUUGAGCGCUUUGUGCAUGCGGUUCCGGUGCCUACUCUAGUUCUUUUCUAGGAUGUUCUCUUUCUAUGCCAUUCAUUCACUCGCUCACCCUUUCUAGUUCUCUAAGAUUGCCAAAGAAGAAGCGAAAGGGAAUGCCAAGGGGGUUCAAGCUUGUCUUACGGCUCCAUAAAACCCGACUCCACGUGGGUCCUGCUAAAGUACUGCGCUGGUAGUGCCUCGCCGAUUCUCGGGCCGUGCUGAGGCAAGUACUGGGGUGAGUAUUUUAUAGGGAUUUGCUCACAGGAUGGGUUAGGGGUAGCACUAACGGCCGCUUCGCUUGAGGACGGCAGCCAUCCCUUCGAGAAUGC